AUUACAAAAAAAAGAUAACUAAUUCAUUAUGACUAACAACGAACGCAUUUUAGUAAUUGGCGCUACUGGCAACAUUGGUAAAAAGCUUGUGCAAGAACUCACCGACAGAAAGGUGGCUACUACAAUCUAUGUGCGUAAUCCUAUCAAGGCCAAAGAUUUAUUUGGAUCUGUUAGUGAUGAUUAUUUGACAGUGGUACAAGGCGACUUUGAUGAUCUCACACCAUUAAAGGAAGCUUUACCUGGUCAUACACGACUCUUUCUAUUGGUCCCUGCUUUCAACGGCUUGCCACGCAACAAGAAGAACAUUGCAUCAUUGGCAUAUGAGGCUGGUGUUGAACAAAUCGUCGAUCUUUCCUCCCUUGGCGCUAGUCUCCCUUCCCGCACCAUCUUUCUUGGUCGUGAACAUCAAUUGGCUGAAGACGCUAUUCUCGAAUUGGCACAUCAUCACUCAUCCGACAAAAGACGUACCGUAGUGAACCUAAGACCAGGCCGUUUUACAUCAAAUCUACUAGCUUAUGACCGUCCUACACAAAACGAGUUUAUAGGUUUGGUUGAUGCUCAAGUUCCUCAGACAUGGAUCUCCCCCAAUGACAUCGCUAUUGUGGCUGCUAAUAUCUUGACUGAUGAUAUUGACAAACAUGGUGAUGCUGUGUAUGAACUGUUGGGUGAUGCUGUCACUGGCGCUCAAACAGCAGAAAUAUUGACACGUGUACUCGGACGUCCUUACACUUAUAAACAAAUAAGUGCCUGGGAGAAAUACCAGUUGGCUAGUCAAUCCGGUAUGAUUCCUCACCGAAUCAUAUAUGAUCUUAUCACGAUUUCUGAUUCAUCAUUCAAAGUCACUCCUGGUUUAACCGUCUUGCUCAAUGGUAAUGCUCCUGAAACUCUUGAAGCCUACAUCACUGCCAACGCUCAUCUUUUGCAAUAAAAAGUAAAAUUAAUAGUACAUCAGUUAAAUGAUAAUAAAAAUUGAACAUUUUUACUUUUUUUUUAUAUGUAUCUGUGAAUGUAGUUUAUUUUAUUUAUUUAUUUAUUUAUUAUUAUUAUACAUCAUAUUUUCAAAAGCUCAGUAACCUUAUCCCUACCACCAAAAUAAUAAUAAUAAUAAAGAUACAUCCAAUGUUUUAUUAUAAAAAUAAAAACAGAUAUAACAAAAAUACU